AUGGCGAUGACCGUAGAGUAUCGAAAUGACACCGAUAUUACAGCUGGUUGUACACACUUGGUCUACGGGCUUGAAAGUGGCUGGAUAUCGCCAACAACUAAAACACUUCAGGCAGACAACUCGCCUUCAGGAUAUCCUUUAUCAGAUGACGAAGUUGCUUGGGUGGCGAGCUGCAUGAGCAUAGCAGCCACGUGUGUUGUUAUAGUACAUUCUUAUAUCUCCGACAAGUAUGGAAGAAAGUUAAAUAUUAUAAUUUUAGCUUUUAUGGGAGCGCUAGCAUGGGUCAUAAGAAUAUGCUACAAUUCCUUCGCAUGUCUUAUCUUAGCCAGAGUGUGUGCUGGUAUAGCAGGUGGAGGCUGCUUCAACGUUGUGCUAAUGUACAUAAAAGAAAUCAGUAGAGAUGACAUGAGAGGAAUAUUGUGUACAUGUACCACCAUCUUGCAAUGUAUCGGCAUAUUCAUGAUGUAUUUCAUAGGAGCUUAUCUAGAUUAUUACACCGUAACCUACAUUAUUGUCUGUAUACCUAUUAUGACGAUGCUUGGAAUGAUAUUCGCUCCUGAAUCACCUGAGAUUUUAAUAAAGCGAGGCGAAGUUAAUAAAGCAAAAGAAACUCUUGCAUUUAUGAGAGGUCUAGAUAAAGACGAUGAAAGAAUACACACUGUUGUGGAAACAAUGAUGAAACAAGCAGCAAAAUUCGAAUCAUUGCCGGAUCUUUCUAUUAAAAGCAUAUUUAAAAACAGGACCUGGCGGCGAGGUUUCGUACUCAUUAUGAUCGCUUUUACUUUCUUUGAAAUGAAUGGUGCGUUUGCUAUUGUAACUUUUGCAUCAACAGUACUGACUUCAACAGGAAUUGAAUUUGUUAUUAGUCCAGAAUUAUUGUUACUAAGCCUCCCAAUAGUUAUGUUAGCGGGAUCCUUAGCACUGGCUUCAUGUAUUGAAAGAUACGGAAGAAAGCCACUUUUGAUUGGUGCAUACGUCGUGUCUUGUUGCUGUAUGUUUGGCAUAGCAGUUAUAAUUAUCCUUCAAAAGGAAGUAGGAGCUGUACCUGGUUGGAUACCAGUUGUUUUAAUGAUGUUGAUUGUUGCCAUGUACAGCGGUGGUGUAUGUCCUGUCACUUAUGUAAUGUUGACAGAAAUGUUUAGCUUUCAAAUACGAGCGAAAUUAAUGAGCUUAGUCGUAACGUAUGGCUGGGCGGUCACAGCGUUAGUGCUCCAAAUAUACUUACCAUUAGCUAAUAAUUUAGGCGUAUCUGCUCCAUUCAUAUUCUAUGGUUUCGUAAAUCUGGGCGGUGUGUUUUUCACGAUAUUUUAUCUGACAGAGACAAAAGGUAAAACGGAAGAGCAAAUCCUUCAAGAUCUAAUGAUGAGGAAAAAGACACACAGUGAAAUAAAUUCUGUAGAAUAAACUUAUUUCACAUUA